AUGACUUAUUUUAGGCUCUCAAGCCAUAUAUUAUUUUUGAUUGUUGUAAUUACUACUUCUGCAAAUGUUGGACUUCGAACUCAACAAGGAAUCAUCUAUGGUCGACAAACUCAAAGUUCAAUUGAAUAUCUAGGAAUUCAAUAUGCAAAAGUAGUAAGAUGGAAACCACCAAUUGAUCUUUCCGAAGAAAUCUUUCCAAAUGCUUCAUUUCAAGCUACAUCAUUUGGUCCAUGUUGUCCACAACCAAAAACUGAUACCUACAUUCCAAAACAAGAUGAACAAUGUCUCUAUCUAAAUAUCUACAAACCAAUAGUUCAGUCAAAUGAUUCAUUAUUACCAGUAUUCAUUUGGAUUCAUGGUGGUGCUCAUAAAAUAGGAUGUUCAUCACAGAGUAUUCCAUUGAUAUAUAAUGGUACUAAUAUGAUUGCUCAUUCACCACCAGAUCAACCUGUGAUUAUCAUUACAAUCAAUUAUCGAUUGGGUAUAUUAGCAGAUAUGUUUUUGAAAGAAUUAAUUGAAGAAGAUCCAGAAUGGCCUACAGCGGGUAAUUAUAUGUAUUUGGAUAUGUUAUCUGCUUUGCGUUGGAUAAAUAAAAAUAUUCGUGAUUAUGGAGGUGAUCCAAAUAAUGUUUCGUUGUUUGGUCAAAGUGCUGGAGGAUUAUCUGUUACUGAUCUUGGUGCAGUUAAAGGAUCAACUGGUCUUUAUCGAACAGCAAU